AUGGUUGUUAAGGGAAUUGCAAUUCUCAGCUUGCUUGCCGCCUGUGCUUACACGCAGCAACAGAACCUACCUCCUUUCCUGCAAGGUGCUCCACAAAAUGUUGUCACAGAAUUUCAACAGUUGCUGUCGGGUGCAGGCCAACGAACGGACAGCCAAAUGGAACAGGAAAUUGAGUCUUGGGCUAAUCGACAGAGCGCCCAGAUUCAGGCAUCGUUCCAACAGUUUAAACAACAGAUGGUAGGAGCAAUACAGCAAGCUGAGGCACAGCACCAAGCAGCGAAGGCUAAACUUUCGGCAGCGGCGCUGGACGCCGAUACCAAACUGACAGCAAUCGCUAAAAAUCCCUCACUGACUGGGAUGCAGAAGCAGCAGCAAGUCCAGCAAAUAAUCAACUCACUUCCACCGAACAUCAAACAGGAGCUACAGACAGCAAUGCAGGGCUGA